AUGACCGGUUACAGCUGCCUUGACUUUAUUCUCGCGGUCACAUUCCCCACCAACCAAGAAAACAAAAUUGACGCCCCCACAACACACGUCCUUGCACAUAUCACCAAGGCAAAGGAUGUAGAGGGAGAUGCCGCCAAGGAAAGGAUCUCCUUCACAAAAUUUGGGCGAUUGUUUGUUCUUGACAUCACGUCUGUCAAGAAUGUUGCUGGGCGCGUAUUCACACGGGCAACACGGGAGGCAGGAGAAUGGGUAAUCAUUGAUUGUAGUGGAGGAAUUUGCCGCACGGACUUCUGGGUGGACAAGCAUGACUUGGACAAUGAAGAUGGAUGGGCAAAUUAA